UGGGCCUGGGGCCUGCUCGUCUGCGUGCCUCGGGGUCAGCGCCCGCCCCGGGGGCCUCGGAGUUCGGUUCCUGGGUCCUCCACGUUCCAUUAUCAGGCAGGUCCGGGGUCCGGGGCCCGAGUAGGCCCGCCGCGUCUGCCGGUCGGUCCGCUGAAGCCGCGACGCAGACAGAAGACCAUGGCAGAGUUCUCCCAGAAACGGGGGAAGCGGCGUGACGAUGAGGUGCUGGGCAGUGCUGUGGACUUCCUCCUGGCCAAUGCCCGUCUGGUGCUGGGUGUGGGCGGAGCUGCCGUGUUGGGCAUUGCCACCCUCGCUGUGAAGCGGCUCAUUGACAGGGCCACCAGCCCACGGGACGAGGAUGAAGCCAAGGGGGACACCACAUGCCUGGAGGAUAGCUGGAAGGAACUGAGCCUGCUCAAGGCCACACCAUGCCUACAGCCCCGGCCCCCACCUGCUGCCCUCAGUCAGCCCCUGUCACCCCUGCCCCCCUCCCCCUCCGCCCCAGAGGGGCCUGCAGAUGACCAUCCUCAGAUGUCACCUCCUUGUAGUUCCCCAGCACCGUUGUGCCUCACGUUCCAGGAGAAGCUGCUGGCAUUUGAGCGGGACCAUGUGACUAUCCCAGUGGUCCAUGUGGCUCUGGCCAAACAGCUGGCCGGUGACAUUGCCCUUGAGCUGCAGGCCUACUUGCGGAACAAGUUCCCAGAACUGCCUUUCGGGGCGCUUGUGCCCAGCGGGCCCCUCUACGACGGGCUGCAGGCGGGGCUUGCUGACCGCGUGCGUCUCCUGGUUCCCCUGGUGCUGGAGCCGGGCCUGUGGAGCCUGGUACCUGGUGUGGACACUGUGGCCAGAGACCCUCGCUGCUGGGCCGUGCACAGGACUCAGCUUGAGUUCCGCUCCCGAGGGAGCAGCCCCUGGGACCGCUUCCUGGUGGGUGGCUACCUCUCUUCCCGUGCCCUGCUGGAGCUGCUCCGCAAGGCCCUGGCCACCUCUGUCAACUGGCCAGCUAUUGGCAGCCUUCUUGGGUGCCUGAUCCGGCCCAGCGUGGCCUCAGAGGAGCUGCUGCUUGAGGUGCAGCACGAGCACCUGGAGCUCAAUGUUGCGGUGCUCUUGGCGGUCACUGGCACCGACGCCGAAGACCGCCUCCUUCUGGCCUGGCCCCUGGAGGGGCUGGCUGGGAACCUCUGGCUGCAGGACUUGUACCCAGCAGAGGCCGCCAGGCUGCGGGCUCUGGAUGACCAUGAUACGGGGACCCGCCGGCGCCUGCUGCUGCUGCUGUGUGGGGUCUGCCACAGCCACCCGGCCCUGAGCCGGCUGGGCCGGCGCCACCUGACCCAGGUGGUUCUGCGCCUUGGGGAGGAAGAGGUGGACUGGGCCGAGGCGGCCUUGGGGGAGCGCUUCCUGCAGGCCCUGGAGUUGCUCAUCAGCGGCCUAGAGCGGGCCAGCCUGCCCUGCCACUUCAACCCGGGCGUGAACCUCUUCAGCAGCCUGCGCGAGGAGGAGAUUGAUGACAUUGGCUACGCACUGUACAGCGGUCUGCAGGCCCCUGAGUGGCUGCUCUAGGUGGGUGGGGACAGGGCAGCCGGCGUGUGUUCUGAUGCUGGUGAGCUGUGAAUGCCUCCCUUCCAGGAAUUUAAAUUUGGAAAGCACUUUUCUUGCUUUUAGCCAGAAUAAAGAAGAGAGCUUCCUAAGCUCAUGGGGUUGGCUUGUGUGUCGGCUACAGUCACUGGAGCCCCGAGAGAGCUUGGGUUGCUGUUACCUGAGCGCAGCCUGGAGUGCCCGCUGCUCACGCCCUCGGGGCCAGCCCCAGGACCUUGGGCUCAGUCCUUCAUCACCAGCAGUGAAUUGUUGACAACACAGCUUCUGCAGUUCUCGGUGGGGGAUAAGGCCAGCUCUGUUUUCUGUUGAGAGGCUGCGUUAGCGCUCUCUGGGGUGCCAGCUCCAGGCAUUUCCAGGCUUCUGGUGCUGGAUGGUAAAUACCAUGUGUUUUGUCGCCCAAGAGCUAGGGUCACCUGGUACCCCUGGAAUACAGCUCUGUGGCUGAUGUAAAGGCUGGUGUUUUCUGAUGUCCACUGUGUGCCUAGUUUGCUUGUCGAGCUCCCUCCUCUAGCCUGGAGUGGAGGCUCAGCCUGACGUGCUGCUCACCUCAUAUCUCGGGGAAAAUCCCUCCUCUCUCCAACUAGGCGAGUUUUUCUUUUUUUGAGGAAGAUUAGCCCUGAGCUAACAUCUGCUGCUAAUCCUCUUUUUGCUGAGGAAGACUGGCCCUGAGCUAACAUUCGUGCCCAUCUUCUACUUUGUAUUUGGGAUGCC